ACCUCUGAAAAGUGAGAUCAACCUUGUUAGGCUGAAAAAACACAAGACACACUAAUGCAAGGGGCUCCAAAUGAAGAUCAAACAAAAGCAUCAACAAUAAUCCAAAAACAAAAGUGCCCUCGUUGCGACUCUUCCAACACCAAAUUUUGCUAUUACAAUAACUACAGCCUUUCACAGCCUCGUUACUUUUGCAAGUCUUGUCGACGCUACUGGACUCAUGGCGGCACUCUCCGUAACGUACCCAUCGGUGGUGGCUCCAGAAAAUCCAAGCGCCCCAAGUCCACAUUAUUGCCUUCCUCUUCUUCUUCCUCCGACACAACCACGACCCUAACUCCGCCACCGCCCGUAGGAUCAGGACCUCUUGAUCUUGCAACAGCUUCUUCUUAUAAUUCUAGUGCUGCCUUUUUGCCAUCCUUGGAUGUGGGGGCUGCUUAUAGUUCAUUUGGAGGAUUGGCUUGGACUACUACUCCCAUCAACAACACAAUUAUUACUAAUAAUCAUUCUUCCUCUUCAGUAGCAGUGAUCAAGUGCAAUACCAAUAUUCCAUGUACCUUGAAAGAACUAUUUGUUACCUUGCAAGGAGGUGCAACCUAAUUAAUCAUAGAACCAAAAUACUUUUCAAUUUAACAUACUAUUUUUUUCAUUUAUUGUUUUCGUACCACAAAAGUUGCACUCAAUAAAUAAUUUUGGUAUCCAAAAGAUAAAUAAAUAUAUCAUUUACCGAUUCGUCUAUUAUCAACAAGACUUGUAUAGUAAAUUUCUAAGAUAUUGUUUACUUUAAACAUAAAUUUUAUCUAACUUAAGUUUUAGAACCAUCCAAAA